CUGGGCUCCUUCCUUUCCCCGGGGCCUCCAGGGAUCAUCUGGGGAGGCUCGUGUCUCGGGUCCUGGGGGGGUCGCCGGCCGCGGGCUCCUGCCCAAGCAGGGGGUCCUCCGCGCCCACGCGAGCGACGGCCGAGCCCGGCUUCCCGCUUGAACCCGCCCCCUACCCGGGGCGCCUGUGGUCAGGUGGUUGCCUGCGCGCCGCCGCUCCACCGGGCCCGCACACCUUUCCAGCCUCUCCUUGGCUUGGCCCCCUUGAUUGUCCAGUCCUCCCAGCCCUGGUCCCUCAGGCGACGGAGGGUGACUCCCUCUCCAACCCGCCUGAGUCUCAGCACGCCAGUGGCACCUGGGUUGACCGCAGAGGCUCCCAAUGGAUGCCAGAGAGUGUCCACGUUCUAGCGGCGGCUCGGCCCAAAGUUUGGACGCUCAAAGACCCAACGGGAGCUCUGGGUGAGGUGUUGACCACCUCCCCCUCCCCCUCCUUUGGCCAGUCACCCGACCCUGCACUUUGAUCUCUCUCCACAAGGCCAGGGCAGCUGAUGGUUGUGGCUGAAAUAUCUCAAGGUAGCCGGGCCGCCCCCUCUUCCCCACCUACCUCUUGUCCUCCCCCCCACACCACCACCACCCUGGCUCCCCUCCCUCAUGACCGCCUGGAUCCUCCUUCCUGUCAGCCUGUCAGCAUUCUCCAUCACUGGCAUAUGGACUGUGUAUGCCAUGGCCGUGAUGAACCACCAUGUGUGCCCCGUGGAGAACUGGUCCUACAACGAGUCCUGCUCUCCUGACCCUGCUGAGCAAGGGGGCCCCAAGGCCUGCUGCACCUUGGAUGAUGUCCCUCUCAUCAGCAAGUGCGGCACAUAUCCCCCAGAGAGCUGCCUCUUCAGCCUGAUCGGCAAUGUGGGUGCUUUCAUGGUGGCCCUGAUCUGCCUCCUGCGCUACGGGCAGCUCCUGGAGCAGAGUCGACACUCCUGGGUUAACACGACAGCACUCAUCACAGGCUGCACCAAUGCUGCGGGCCUGGUGGUGGUCGGCAACUUUCAGGUGGAUCAUGCCAAGUCUCUGCACUACAUUGGAACUGGUGUGGCCUUCUCUGCGGGGCUGCUCUUUGUCUGCCUGCACUGUGCCCUCUCCUACCAUGGGGCCACUGCCCCCCUGGACCUGGCUGUGGCCUACCUGCGAUGUGUGCUGGCUGUCAUCGCCUUCGUCAGCCUGGUCCUCAGUGGCGUCUUCUUCGUCCAUGAGAGUUCUGAGCUGCAGCAUGGGGCAGCCCUGUGCGAGUGGGUGUUUGUCAUCGAUAUCCUCAUUUUCUAUGGCACCUUUAGCUACGAGUUUGGGGCAAUCUCCUCAGACACACUGGUGGCUGCACUGCAGCCUGCCCCUGGCCGGGCCUGCAAAUCCUCUGGGAGCAGCAGCACCUCCACCCACCUCAACUGUGCCCCCGAGAGCAUCGCCAUGAUCUGAGGUCUGGGGAGGGUGGCUGGCCCGGCCUCCACAGGACUCCAUACCACUCUACACUAUAUCAUCUUUGCUUUUAUUUUGUACCAAAAACAAUUUGAGAAAGUGUUCUAUUGGGAUCUGGGCUUCCUCACUCCCGGAGAAGUGGCCAUCCCACGUCCACCUGUGCCAUAGAGGAGCAGGACCUGCCAGCUGCCACAGCUGCACUACCUGCUUCCCCACCCCACAGUGUUGUUUUGUGUUUAAAGGUCACCUGUCCUCACUCACCCAGCCAGCCCUUCAGGUGCCUUCUACUCCCAGUGCAAGAGCCAGACCACUGGGGUUUCCUGCUGUAGGAAUUGGGGGGCUGGGAACAGCAGCGGGGAUGGAAGUCUGGUGAGGGGGGCAGUGAGCAUGCCUUAGUCUGUAUGGUAAGGCCCACUCUGGGCCCACUGAGCUGCACUGGGAUUUCUUCACUCUGCCCCUCACUUCCUUUAGGGCAAAUAACACAGCAGAACCACAUGGGUAUUUUAGUACUUUUUUUUAUAUCUAUUAAAAGAAUUCUAAUUUGCA